GGAAGCUGAUGGCGCGGUGACGGUCCCAGCGCUGCUGGAUUGACUUUUAAAGACUCAUGUCAUGUGAGGACAAAGACUGGAAGAGGCAGAAGAGGAAAGAAAAGGAGUCAGGAAUGCCUCUUACUCAGGGGCAGUUGACAUUCAGGGAUGUGGCCAUAGGAUUUUCUUGGGAGGAGUGGAAAUGCCUGGAUCUUGCUCAGAGGGCUUUGUACAGGGACGUGAUGUUGGAGAACUACAGGAAUCUGGUCUUCCUGGGAAUCUGUAGUUUUGAUCUGAGUAUUAUCUCCAUGUUGGAGCAAGGGAAAGAACCCUGGACUGUGGAGAGCCAAGUGACAACAGCAAGAAAACCAAAUGGACGAGAAUGGAUCAAAGGUGUGAAUACAGAUAUCUCUCCUAAUUGUAUAAUCAAGGAAUUACCACCAAAAGGGAACAGCAAUACCAAAGUGUUACACACAGUGAUGUUGGAAAGACAUGAAAGCCAUGACAUCAAAGACUUUUCUUUCAGGGAAGACCAGAAAAAUAUACAUAACUUUGAGUGUCAGUGGAGAGAUUAUGAAAGAAAUUACAAGGAAGUUUCUAUGACCCAGAAAGAAAGUCUCACUGGUAGAAGAAAACAUGAUAGAAAGCAUGCAGGAAACAGGAUUAAUAUAACUCAGCUUGGAGUUAGCUUUCAGUCACCUCUGCCUGAAGAGCUAUUUCAAUGUGAAAGGAAAAUUUAUGAAUGUAAUCAAGUUGAGAAAUCUAUGAAAAAUGAUGUUCUCAUUUCACCACUUCAACAAAUUUGUUCUAGUGUCAGAACUCACAUUUCUAAAAAAUAUGGGGAUAAUUUUAUACAUUCUUCAAAUAGUUGGGAAAAAUCUUACAAGUGUAAUGAAUGUGGCAAGGUCUUCACUCAACCUUCAUGCCUUUUAAGUCAUCAGAGAAUUCAUUCUGGAGAGAAACCUUACAAGUAUCAUGAGUGUGGGAAAUCCUUUAGUUUGCAUUCAAAUCUAACUACCCAUCAGGUAAUCCAUACUGGAAGGAAAAUUUAUAAAUGUAAUGAAUGUGGCAAGGUCUUCACUCAGCCUUCAAGUCUUGCAGCUCAUCAGAGAAUUCAUUCUGGAGAAAGACCUUACAAGUGUUAUGAGUGUGGGAAAGCCUUUCGUACAUAUUCAAACCUAACUACCCAUCAGUUAAUCCAUACUGGAGAGAAACCGUACAAAUGUAAUGAAUGUGGCAAGGUCUUCACUCAAAAUUCACAUCUUGUAACUCAUCGGAGAGUUCAUACUGGAGAGAAACCUUACAAGUGUACUGAGUGUGGGAAAGCCUUUACUGUGCGUUCAAACCUAACGAUGCAUCAGGCGAUUCACACUGGAGAAAAACCUUACAAAUGUAAUGAGUGUGGCAAGGUCUUUAGUCACCCUUCAAGCCUUGCAAGUCAUCGGCGCAUUCAUACUGGAAAGAAACCUUAUAAGUGUAAUGAGUGUGGCAAAGCCUUUACUAUUAGUUCAAACUUAACUACCCAUCGGGCAAUCCAUACUGGGGAAAAACCUUACAAAUGUGGGGAAUGUGGCAAGGUCUUCACUCAAAAGUCACAUCUUGCAACUCAUCGUAGAAUUCAUACUGGAGAGAAACCUUACAAGUGUAAUGAGUGUGAGAAAGCCUUCAGUGCUCGUUCAAACCUAACUACCCAUCAGGCUAUACAUACUGGAGAAAAACCUUACAAAUGUAAUGAGUGUGGUAAAGUCUUCACUCAGAAUUCAUACCUUGCAAGUCAUCAGGCAACUCAUACUGGUGAGAAACCUUAUAAGUGUAUUGAAUGUGGCAAGGUCUUCACUCAAAAUUCACACCUUACGAGGCAUUGGAGAAUUCAUACUGGAGCAAAACCUUAUAAGUGUAAUGAGUGCGGCAAGGCCUUUAGAAUUCGUUCAAACCUAACUGCUCAUCAGGUAAUCCAUACUGGAGAAAAACCUUACAAAUGUAAUGAAUGUGGUAAGUUCUUCAGUCAGCUUUCAAGCCUUGCUAGUCAUCGUAGAAUUCAUACUGGAGAGAAACCUUACAAGUGUAAUGAGUGUGGCAAAGCCUUUACUAUUAGUUCAAAUCUAACUACCCAUCAAGCAAUUCAUACUGGAGAGAAACCUUACAAGUGUAGUGAAUGUGGCAAAGUCUUCACUCAAAAUUCACACCUUGCAAAUCAUCGUAGAAUUCAUACUGGAGAGAAGCCUUACAAGUGUAAUGAGUGUGGCAAAGCCUUUAGUGUGCAUUCAAGCCUAACUACCCAUCAGGCAAUCCAUACAGGAGAAAAACCUUACAAAUGCAAUGAAUGUGGCAAAGUCUUUACUCAAAAUUCACACCUUGCAAAUCAUCGUAGAAUUCAUACUGAAGAGAAGCCUUACAAGUGUAAUGAGUGUGGCAAAGCCUUUAGAGUGCAUUCAAGCCUAACUACCCAUCAGGUAAUCCAUACUGGAAAGAAACCUUACAAAUGUAAAGUGUGUGGCAAGGCCUUCAGUCAAAUUUCAAACCUUUCAGGUCAUCACAGAAUUCAUACUGGAGAAGAACCUUACAAAUGAGUGUGACAAAGUCUUCAGUCACAGUUUAUUCCUUGCACAACAUCAGAGAAUUAAUUCUUGAGAGAAUCUGCAAAUGCAUUGACUAGCAGAGUCCUCAUGAGUUAAAGCGUUAACAGACAUCAGAGAGUUUAUACUGAAGAGACAUCAUCUAAGUGUAAUGUAUGGCAGAGGCUUAAUUCAGGCCUCACAACUCACUAGACAUCAAAUUAUACAUUUUUGACGAAACCACACAAAUGUGAUGUGCAUCCUGAGGCUAUUACUCAAGUUCCAUAUCUGUAGGAGAAUUUAUAGGAAGAAUAAUUCAUUCUUUCAUUCUCCAAGCUUAACCUUUGUUAUUAUGUACUGCUGGCUAAUUAGAAGUUAAAAUAUAUUAACUUAUAACACAAUAUACUUGUAUAUCAAAAGUGCAAAGAUGUUUGGAAACUUAAAAUUCUUUUCAAAUUAUAAAAUAUUUUGUUCACUUAUUUGAAGUUUCUUCAAAAGGCUACUGUAUUAUUUACUCAUGUGACUUUCAACCCAUAGUUAAUCUUAAACCUUCUUCACAGGCCUUUCAUUGUGUUCUCCGAGAAAAAAUUAAGGAAAAAAAAAAAAUAAUGUUCACUUACUUUAUAGGGUGAGGAUCAUUUCUAUACAAGUUCCUGGAAGAAGUACUCUGCCUUCUAAAAAAUAAAUAUUGUUUGAAUUAGAGAGCAUUUAAGAGGGGCAGAAAAUAAUGUAAAACCGUCAGUUGUGCGUAUUUGUGUUCAGGCUGCCUUUCUCCUGACAGAAGGGCUCUGUGAGUUAUAGAAAAGAAAUGUACCGACUCAACAUGAAGUACAGUAGGCCAAGACCUUAGGAGACUGGGAUUUUUAUGAGAAGAGAGGGAUAUAUUAUUAGGGAAUGUUUAUGUGGUAGGAGUAAUUCAGAGGAAAUGGUGGCCAUUUUCUCUAUCAAAUGGCAAUAGCUGCCAUAUAACAAAGGUUGAUGAAAAAUUAUUUUUAUUUUUGAAAUUGAAGAGAAAAGAGUUAUCAGGGUGGAGAGUUUAAUGAAAAACACCAGAAUAGCAUGUUCUUGAGUAGGAUUCACACUUAACUGCUGACAUUACAUUUUGCUACAGUUUCAUUCAUAAUUAUCAUAAAUCUCAUGUUUUAAUUAAUAAAAUUUAAUGUUUUUUUCUUAA